CCGGAAGUUACAAGUUGGAGCUGUAAUCGAGGAAGAUUUUCAUAACCGUUUGCAUUUCUGGUCUACAAGGAAGCACAAUUCGUUCCAAUCACGACCUGAGGAUGAAAACGAAGAGGGAGUGAACAUCAACAUCAUAAUCAACAUUCGUUGAAUCGAUCUCAUCAAUAUUGACUUUUAAAAAGGUAGGAUAAAAACCGUUAGUUUUUUAUUAGGUUCUAUCAGAGAGCAACUCUGUAUAUACCCGAAAAAAACAGAACACGGACUUCUAUAUUUCUUUGACAAAGAUCCCUGUCAGUCCGAAUUUCGUCUGUCGAAGCAAGUCAGCUGACUAGCCAUCUGUAUGAGUUUGAAGAUGGCAAUGAAAGCGGGAAAGUGUCCAACGGACGAAUUGUCCACUACAAAUUUUGCUGUCACCUCCUCUCGGGACAUUGAUGACCAACAAUGCAGACAUGUAGAGAUCUUCACAACUCCACACAUGAAGUUUGUAUUUUCUGUGAAGAACUCGGAUCGUAUGCAAUCUGGAUAUGUGGGGUUCAACUUGAUGCAAAGAAGAUGGGCAAACAUCUCUUUGAAUCAAGACUUAACAGUGAAAGCUUUCAAGUUCAAUUCCAAGACGGAUACUAUAGGGACCGUUGUGUUAGAGGUGGACUUUCUUCAAAAGAAAAAUGCUAAUUCAGAUCCACAUGACACAGACAAAAUGGCAGCUGAGUUCCUUAUGCAGUUCAAUAAUAUGGCUUUCACAGAAGGUCAAAGUCUGGCUUUCCAGUUUGCUGAUAAAAAAUUACUGGUCCUCACAGUCAAAGAGAUAGAAGUGAUUGACUUUACCAAAAUGAAGGAUGGUGGUUCUGGGACUGAAAAGAGAUCUCCUUUGGGUUUGCUAACUCCCAAUACUGCAGUGGUGUUUGAAAAAGUAGAGAACUCCACAAUCAAUUUAAUCGGAAAAUCUAAGAGUAAGCAGGCCUUUACAUCCAUCAUUAACCCAGACUGGGACUUCAAUAAAAUGGGGAUAGGAGGUUUGGACAAUGAAUUCUCAGCAAUCUUCAGGAGGGCUUUUGCCUCUCGUGUGUUCCCGCCAGAAGUUAUAGAACAGUUAGGAAUGAAGCAUGUAAAGGGUAUCCUUCUGUUUGGUCCUCCAGGAACAGGAAAAACUCUGAUGGCCAGACAAAUAGGGAAAAUGCUAAAUGCCAGGGAACCUAAGAUAAUAAAUGGACCACAGAUUCUUGAUAAAUAUGUUGGAGAGUCAGAGAAAAACAUAAGAAUGCUCUUUGCUGAAGCAGAAGAAGAAGAACAAAGGUGUGGCCUUCACAGUGGACUACAUAUCAUUAUUUUUGAUGAGAUUGAUGCCAUUUGCAAAUCUAGAGGAUCUGUGGCUGGAAACACUGGGGUCCAUGAUACGGUGGUGAAUCAGUUGUUGUCAAAGAUUGAUGGUGUGAAUCAGCUGAACAACAUCCUUGUUAUAGGAAUGACCAAUAGAAAGGACAUGAUUGAUGAAGCUUUACUGAGACCGGGGAGAUUAGAAGUACAAAUGGAAAUUGGUUUACCAGAUGAAAAGGGUAGGGUCCAAAUACUAAACAUUCACACAACGACAAUGAAAGAAAAUGGAAAAUUGUCUCCUGAUGUUGAUAUAGAAGAACUGGCUGCUCUCACUAAGAAUUUCAGUGGUGCUGAAAUUGAAGGAUUGGUGAAGGCAGCUCAGUCAACAGCCAUGAACAGACUAAUUAAAGCUACAAACACUGUGGAAGUGGACCCAGAUGCCGUGGAGAAAUUGUUUAUCACAAGGAAAGACUUCAUGCAUGCUCUAGAACAUGACUGCUCUCCUGCAUUUGGCAGCAGUAAAGAGGAGUUUGAGAAAUAUAUUGGCAAUGGGAUCAUCACUUGGGGAGAUCCUGUUCAGAGAGUGUUAGAGGAUGGGGACCUUCUCAUUUCUCAGACCAAAACUACUACAACUACACCCCUGGUCACAGUCCUUGUUGAAGGUCCACCUCAUAGUGGAAAAACAUCUCUGGCAGCACAGAUAGCCAAAAAUUCUGACUUCCCAUUCAUCAAAGUUAUCAGCCCAGAGAACAUGAUUGGCUUCACAGAACCUGCCAAGUGCCAGACCAUCAAGAAGAUGUUUGAUGAUGCAUACAAAUCUCCUCUUAGCUGUAUUAUUGUUGAUGACAUUGAAAGAUUAUUAGAUUAUGUUCCUAUUGGUCCUCGAUUCUCUAAUCUAGUCCUUCAGGCUCUGCUGGUAUUAUUAAAGAAAACACCACCAAAGGGUCGCAAACUUUUGGUGAUUGGAACUACCAGUAGAAAAGAUGUCCUUCAGGAAAUGGACAUGGCUCAGAUAUUUGGUACAAUCACUCAUGCUUCUAAUAUAUCUACUAGUGAACAUCUAAUGGCAGUCCUGGAAAAUGUGGAUGCUUUUAACAGCAAUGAAUUGGAAAUACUAAGAAGAAAAACUGCAGGCAAAAGGUUGUGGAUUGGAAUCAGGAAAUUAUUGGUUCUCAUAGAAAUGUCAAGACAGAUCAGUGAAUCACACAGAAUCCCCAAAUUUUUGUGUGUUUUGGAAGAGGAAGGUGGACUAGAAAUGUAGAGACAUCUUUGUUAAAAUUUAAUUAUCAUUUGUUAGUGUUUAGAAUAAACUACAGUCACUGUGUCUAUAGUCUGUGACAGGUUUAGUGAAAAUGGUAUCUAGUUAUUUAUUAUGUUUUAGCAUGUAAUUAAAAAUGUUUUUAAGCAGUUUUGAACCUGUAAUUAUAUGCAAGUUUGUAGUGUUUACACUGAAUGGAGCAUAUUUUUUUAUUGUCAAGAUAUUAAAGACAAAAGGAUUGGGCACAAUUUCUUAAAACUUUGAACUCCCUCUCCUAGUGUUCACACUAGAGGAAGCAGUCACUUAAAGCUGUACAUGAUAACUUAAAAGAAAGUAUUGCAGAAUUUAGGUUUGGUUGUUAAGCAGGAAUUUGUGGAGUGUUUUAUUUGUACAUUGUAGACACAGAGUAAUGAAUAUUGGAUGUUGUGAUCUUAAGUACAAUAUUGUCUUUGUAGGAUGAUAAAGGAAACUGGUUAAGUCAUUUAAAGAAUUGUUUCAUUGGAAUGAAUUCUGUGUUGCAGGUAUUAAAAUGCUGAUGUAUAGAAAAAUAGCAUUUGUUAGACAAUAAGUGCAAUAGAAAUAAAGUUUUUGUCUUAGAACAGCAUCAACAUAAAAUGUACAUGUAUCAAAAUGUUCUCAAGAUGUAUAUAUUGCAAAAAAUAAUGCCACUGUGAUGUUAGAAGCAGAACUAAAUGUAACUGAUGUUCACAUGUUCAGAUGACAAUAUAAAACUUUAACAAUUUAGAUCAUUCCGAAUGGUGUGAAAUGAAAUCAAUGCUCAUAUUAUUAUGUGAUAAAUGACAACAUAAUAAAGAGAAGUGGUUCAUGUAACCUUUACACAUA